UUUCCUUUCUGAGAAAUUUCACUCUUUGACUGCUGCUUCAAUUGGGUUCUAUCUCUCGUUAGACCUUGCUUGUGGACAUAUCAUAGCAUAGAAGAAGACAGGAGAACCAGAAUACUUCUUGGACUGUUAAAUUCCCAGUCUAACCACUACAUAACCUUCUACCAAGCCAACCCAUAAGUAUUCUCUACUUGCCAGGGACGAGAUGGUGAAAAUAUCGGUACUCCAACAUGCACCUUCAACACACCUACCCGCCCGACCUGGAGACCCCACACCCACCUCUCGCAACCUAGAUCCCCUCAUGCAUCCUUUCGCUCGCGCAAGAGAACGUACUCGUGCAUUGAAUGCCGUGAAGAUGGAGCGCAUAUUUGCAAAACCGUUUAUUGCUGCUUUAGAGGGACAUGUUGACGCUGUGGAGACUAUGGCGCGCAAGCCCGGUACAUUGAACGUUGUUGCAAGUGGUAGUUGGGAUGGAGGUAUGAUAGUACAUGAUAUUUCUUUGCGAAGACAUAUACUUCGGGUUGACGAAGCACACAAGGGCAAGAUCUCGGGGGUGUGCUUUGCAGAUGAGGAUAGGCUAUUGACGUGUGGUGUUGACCGAAACGUGAAACUCUGGGACACGAGGGAGGUGGAUGAGAAUGGGGCAGGACCUUCAGACGUGCGAAAACCUCUGAACGUAUUCCCGGGAAAGAGUGCUUUCAACUCAAUAGACCACCAUCGAACUGAUCCAAUAUUCGCCACCGCCUCAAACAUUGUCCAGAUAUGGGACGAAACAAAGAGUGCACCCAUCUCGAACCUGUCCUUCCCCACUUCUAUAGAGACUAUCUCUGCCAUAAAAUUCAACCUUUCAGAGUCGUCUGUCCUUGCGAGUAUAGGAUCGGAUCGAACAUUCACCUUAUAUGACAUAAGAACAGGUAAAGCCGAACGACGAAUAGUCAUGCAGAUGCGUAGUAACGCUCUGUCGUGGUCACCAACCUUCCCUACAACUAUUCUCCUCGCGUCGGAAGACCACAACCUGUAUACUUUCGACAUUCGUUCACUCAAAACACCUUCACAAAUAUACAAGGCACACGUAGCCGCUGUUAUGAGCUGUGACUGGAGUCCAACAGGACACCAAUUUGUCAGCGGUGGUUGGGACCGGACAGUUCGUAUAUGGCAAGAAGGGCGGGGUACUGCGCCGGAGGUGUAUCAUACAAAACGUAUGCAGCGGGUGACGAGCACGUUGUUCACCUCCGACGCAAAAUACGUCCUCAGCGGAUCAGACGAUGGCAACAUUCGUAUCUGGAAAGCCCGAGCACAUGAAAAGCUGGGUAUUCUCGACUCGAGGGAACGUGCUGCUAUCGAGUACCGCGAGAGUCUCAAACAGAAAUGGAAGACGGAUGCCCAAGUCAACAAAAUAUCGAGGUCUGAUUUCCUUUCUCUCUUUGCUUCUGUGUACAUCGUGGCUGACAGACAAUUGUCAUCGUUGUCAAGGACGAGACAUAUACCAAAACCGGUGCACAAGGCCGGACAACUCAAAAGGACAAUGUUGGAAGCUCAGCGAGUCAAGGAAGAACGCAGACGGAAACAUACGCGUGCAGGAGAGUCAAAACCGACUGCAGAGAAGAGGAAGGUUGUCAUUGCGGAACAGUCAUAGUUUUGGUCUGCUACCGCUACUUGCUUUGUCGUUUUUCUCAAUAUCGUUAUCGGCUGCUCUCGUCGCAUGCCAUCUUUGCAGCGGCUGUUACAUAAAACUGAGGUCUCAGAUCUUGGCCGGCGCUCUCAUUCGAACUUAGAAAG